ACCAAAACAAACCCGACAUGGCAGACAUCACGCCGAGCAGGCAAGAGAAGUCACUUGGAUUAUUAACUUCAAAAUUCGUAUCUCUUCUACAGGAAGCUGAAGAUGGAGUCCUGGAUAUCAAAUCUGCAGCAGACCAGCUUGCAGUGCGACAGAAGAGAAGAAUAUAUGACAUUACAAAUGUGCUCGAGGGAAUUGGACUGAUUGAAAAGAAAAGCAAAAACUCAAUAGUAUGGAAAGGGGGAGGGCCAGGAUCCAACACUCAGGAGUUCACAGAUCGAGCGACAAUGCUGAAAGGAGAAAUCUCAGAGUUAGAUCAACAUGAAAAGAUGCUUGAUCAGCAUAGACAG